ACAACUCAAAUUAUUCGGACCAAUAACUCUAAUUAUUGAAACCAAUUUUUAACUCUUAUCGCAAACCAACCUUCCACACGAUAAUAAAUUAAUAAUGUAUAGAAUUCCACAGCUUCUACUUUCUUCCAAAUAUUUGAUGAGAAUGCAUUGUUUUCCACUCUGAUCUUCCUAUCCAAAUAUGCUCCCAAUCCGGCCUUAUCCGUCGCACAUUCCCAACAUUUUUGUAUCAAGAUGGAUCGCCAUGCCUUUCAAUGUAUCUCACUUCGUGUAUAUAGUUUGAAACUAAAUAGCCCUUUCUAUUAGUACGAUAUUAUCCGCGCGCUUGUACUUUCUUCUGCCAGCCAACUCAUCACGAUGCAACGUUUCUCCCUGUUAUUGUCGCUAUUCCUCAUAAUUAGCGACGGAAGCCUCCCCGGCGGCGGUGGCCGGAGUAUGAUCAUCCCAACUGCUCACGCUACCGUUUUCCCGGAAUGCACGGCUCCCAACGGGCGUCCUUGUAGCGGGGAAGACUUCUUUAGCACGACGACGCAGGAUGACGUACUGACGGCCGUCCAAGGGUAUUCAGGGUGCCGGCGACGGUCUGACAUCUACGACGGCGGUCAACCGAUAUUGGUCUACGGACAUUCUUCUUGUGAUAACUACGAUAGCGACGACCGCUGCGUUAACUGCUUGAGUGAGGCGGCGAAAAUGAUACGGAAGAACUGCCUUUACAAAGCUGGAGCUCAGUACGCGUCGGAGCAUUGUUGUAUUAGAUAUGAGACCUACAACUUCUGUUCAACUUAAUUAAGAGUUUUUUUUAUUUAUGACAAUGGAUGUUGUGUGAAGUACAAAGGAGAACUAUAAGCUCCCGGCGGUGGUGUAUUAAACACCGCAUGUCACCUCUGUUUUCUCUCUGUUUUUCCUCUUCUAGUGUCAUUCUUUUCAUGGCGGUGAGUCGAGAUAUCAGAUUGAAAAUCUUGUUUUUCCCUUGUUCCCAAUGGUCUUCUCCUCAGACGACGGCGGCUUUUCCUUGUCAAGCGUCGCUUAUCCGCUGCGCCACCAUUUCAACCUUCGUUGCGCAGCCGUUUCAACUAGAGACUCCAACGAUGCCGUUUUUCACCUUCUUCACUUGAUUGUUCUUUCUUUUUCGCCAAGUCUGUAAUGUUUCCCUUCCAGGCUUGAGAAUGGAACUUGUCUUCUUCACUUUUGAUCUGCCUAUAUAAGGCAGAAAUUGCAAUGAGAAAAGACAGAUUUUUAGGGUUUUCAAUUCACAAACAACUCUUUUGUUAUGGUAUCAGAGCUUGUGAUAAAACCCUAGCCGCCACUCCUCAUCUGCAAUGGCUGAAAACCAAGCUCACAAACACCCGUUGAGCCUCAGCCUCAGCCUGCACAACCUGUGGAUCCCCUGUCUGAUCCCUACUUUCUCCAUGGCUCCGAGCAGCCUGGAUCUCUCCUUGUGGCCGAGAACCUCACCGCCACGAAUUACAAUGACUGGAGCAAGGCUAUGUUCAACGCUCUUGCUGCCAAAACAAGAUUGGUUUCAUCAAUGGCACCAUCCCUGAGCCUGCUGCUAUAGAUGACAUGCAUGGAGCAUGGUUUCGAAACAAUGUCAUGAUUUUAAGCUCGAUUCAACCGUCUUCCUCUGUCAAAAUUAGGAAGACAAUUCUCUCCAGCAAGACUGCUCUAGAAGCGGGGGAAAGCCUGCAAACUCGUUAUGGAUCUGGUGAUCUCAUCCGCAUUGCUGAACUUGAAGAAGCCCUGUCCUCUCUUCAGCAAGGUAAUCAAACUAUUACUGACUAUCAUGGUCGUCUUAUAACUCUCAAGGAUGAGUUAGAGAACUAUCAGCCCUUAUUACCUUGUUCUUGCACCCCAACCAGCUACAUUAACUGUGCUGCCAUGACUAAAGUCUUUGAAUACCAUGAAACCAGUUAUGUUAUCAAAUUUCUCUGUGGCCUCAAUGAAAACUUUUCUGGGAU